AUGGUCUGUCCGUGCCUGCUGAGCUUUGCGGUCGUAGGCAUUGCGGUUGUGGCCCUUGCCGCGCUGUACUUUGCGUAUCUCGUGCUAGAGAUUCAUGUGCUUCCCGGAAAGAAGCUUACGCGCUACGGCGCGAACGCCAAGAUGCGCGGCGCCGGCGCCUGGGCGCUCGUCACCGGCGCCACGGACGGCAUCGGCAAGGAGUUUGCGCUGCAGCUCGCCGCUGCCGGCUUCAACAUUGUGCUCGUGAGCCGUACGCAAGAGAAGCUCAUGGCGCUCGGCCGCGAGAUCGAAGGCAAGUACGUCGGCACCAAGACGACCUACUACGCGAUGGACUUUGCCAGCGCGGGACCGGCCGAGUACGAGGGCCUGGAGCGCACCAUCAGCCACCUGGAUGUGUCGGUGCUGGUGAACAAUGUCGGUGCAUCGCACGACAUGCCCGUGUCGUUUGUCGAGAUGGCCGAGGCGGAGAUGGACCGCAUUGUCGACGUCAACGUCAUUGCGACGCAGCGCGUCACCAAGCUCGUCGCGCCCCGCCUCGUGCGCCGCAAGGGCGGCCUGAUCCUCAACCUCGGCUCCUUCACCGGCCAGUGGGGCACGCCGAUGAUGGCGACCUACGCGGGCACCAAGGCGUUCCUCAUCGGCUGGACGCAGGCGCUCGGUGAGGAGAUGCGCCGCGCAAACGUCGACGUCCAGCUGCUCAACACCUACUUUGUGGUGAGCAGCAUGUCCAAGGUGCGCCGCGCCUCUGCCAUGAUCCCGCUGCCGACGCAGUACGUCGCCGCGGCGCUCGGCCGCAUCGGCCGCUCGACGGGCGCCCUGGGCCGUCCGUUUACCCUGACGCCGUGGCCGGCGCACGCGUGGCUCGACUGGGCGACGGCGCGCGUGGUGCCUGCGGGCCUCUUGCUCCGCAAGUCCUACGACGUGAAUGUCGCCACGCGCCGCGCCGCGAUCCGCAAGGCCGAGCGCCUGGCCAAGGCGCAGUAG